CGAGGGCAAUCGUGUCACCAACCACCGCGAGCGAACUAGUUUACCAGACGGCAACCUCCACCCCAGCCCAGCCAGCGUCACCCAUCAGAAGAAGGUUGUCUCAUGUAAAAAGAACUUACCGAGGACGCCAUCUAUCACCAACCUCUCCCUUUUUCCUCUUGAACUUCCCACUCCAUCCGCUUCAGCCUGAGUCUCUCGCUCGAAACUUGCCUGCUCCUGCCACCCGCUCUCCACAUCACGUCAACUCCUCUCCCUGGAACAUACUCUCGCUCUUCAACCCAACUAUCUGAGCUUGGAAAACCAUCUAUCCUUCUUUCUCCGUCGAACUUCCCCGGAUUUUCAUGGUGGAAAGCCCGCCGUCAUUUUUCUUCUUGACUGAGAGUACACAACGCACAAAUUUUUCGCUUCUGAUGCUCUGACGAGAUUGCGGGAUCGACUCGACUCUUAAUUUAGUAGCCUGUACAAUUUGGCCCCGGGCUGCCCUCCCCUACGCCUCGUUUGAUCCCAUUAUUGAACCGCCGUGCAGAGGCUGCGCCCAAGACGCCACCAACUCGAUAGCACAGACCCUGGUGGAUUCCCAUUAUUUCUCGACGACAUUAUUGUUAUUCCUGUAGCCCAGAGAGACCGGUCAGCGCGCUGAAUACCUGAAGCCCCCCUUUCAACGGCCAAAACGUCCUUAGCUCUUUUUUUCUUCUCACCUUUCUCUCAGCAUCGGGUUCAACUGGUUGAACCCAGACGAUUCCCUUGGAUACCGAAACAACAAGAACACCGGCAAAGGGCGACAACCAUGGCUUCUUCUGCAGCUCCAGACAUGUCAUCCAUGCUGUUGAACCUUCCUCCCGAGGUCAGGAAUCUCAUCUAUAAAUUCGCCUUCGAACAGUCGAAACCACUGAGGCUGAGGUGUCCGUCCCAACGACGACUCCGCCCAUCGCGACCCGCCAAAGACGACCCUCGUGGAUUCUUGGAUACCUGCCAGCUGAUCCGCUCCGAGGCCAUCACGUUGUUUUACAGUCUCAACGCGUUGGUAUUCCGGUCGUCAGCAGAUGCUCUGGCGUUCUUGGCCGACCCAGACAUCCAUCCUCUGAUCAAGUCGUCAUUGACGCACAUAGCGGUCGAUUUUGGCGACAGCACCGACGCCGAUGCGAUCCUCAAGGACCACAUCACUCUCGUCGACACCUGUGUGGGCAGUCUGCCCCGUCUCAGGGCUCUGGAGACCCGCUUCUACGCCCGAACACUGGACGCUUGCUCAUCUUCACAUUUCCGUACCUUGGCGCUGGCCUUUGACGGUCUCGAUGCCGACAUGAAUGCACCUCCUUCCCCUCGCUCACCGCGGUCACCUCGGUCCCCUCGGUCGCCUCGGUCGCCUCGUUGUUCCCCCCGAAGCUCCAUCUCCAGCGGCAGCUCCUCACCCAUCUCAACGCCGUCGAGCUUGUGCUCUUCUCCCUGCUGGGACUCAGAACCCGAACCCGAACCCGACAUGUCAGCCAUCCAAGCCGAAGUUCUGGAGCAAUACUGUUUCACGCCUUCGGCGGCCAUUGCGUUUGCCAACUCCAAGCUGAAGUUCUCCGUGGCAGCCUCGUCCGAGAACUAUCCUGGCGUCAAGCAUGACAAGCUCAUCUGCUACAAUCUCCGGAUCGGGGCGGAUGGGAUCGCCAAUGCCCUGGGCCCUGCCAAGGAAGCAGUCAAGCAGCGAAUCAGCCGCGUAGGCAUGUUACCCCGGCAGAUUAGCGAGUUGUAUGACACCGCUGCAGAUGGCGGGUUCCACCAACGAGUGCGAUCAACCAUCGCCAACUGCGCGAGGAUCGAUGUUGGCGUUUCAUGAUGGAAGGACGCUGCAAGACACGCAAGAUCCCUUCCCGCUCUUCCUUUUCAUUGGUGGAAACCUUGAUGAUGCGGGUUGUCGCCCAGUCGUCACGGGAAUUUGAGAGGCCAAGGUUUUUAUCUUGCAUUUUCCCGGGAUUGGUGGUCAUGGCCAAGAGUGCCUGACUCCUAAUCCUUCUGCAUUCCCUUGGUGAGGACGGCAAGUGGCGAGGUCAGAGAGGGGACGGUGGAAGAGGUCAUUUGACGAAUUGCGUGGAGAUGUGUGUGCGUGCGGCUUUCCUUCUAAUGCUUGUUCUUCCACAUGCAGAUACCCUUGUUCUAUGCUCUUACAACCGCAUGUAAUUAUCGCAUUAUGAGAUGACGAAAUGAGACAUGAUUAUGAAUUCUGAAA